UACCACAUUCGAUGCUCGAACCAAACUGAAAAUAAUUCAGUCUAAGCGACUGUACGUUUGUUACGUAUUCAAAGCUUGUCUCCGAUACAUUUCUUGAAAAUGUCUGGACGUGGUAAAGGCGCAGGCAAGGCCAAAGGCACUAAAUCGAAAACUCGCUCGAGCAAAGCCGGACUUCAGUUCCCUGUCGGACGUAUCCAUCGUCUCCUUCGCAAGGGCAACUACGCUGAACGCGUCGGUGCUGGAGCUCCUGUUUACCUCGCCGCCGUUAUGGAAUACUUGGCUGCUGAGGUUUUGGAAUUGGCUGGUAAUGCCGCUCGUGACAAUAAGAAAACCAGGAUCAUCCCGCGUCAUCUUCAACUUGCCAUUCGCAACGACGAAGAAUUGAACAAACUGCUCUCUGGUGUCACCAUUGCCCAGGGUGGUGUUCUACCCAAUAUUCAGGCAGUUCUCUUACCUAAAAAAACUGAAAAAAGCUCUGCUUAAUAUAUAUAUAUUUUUUAACCAUACAUAUCAGUCCUUUUCAGGACUAUCAUAUUAUCAAACGUUGAACUAUAUCUAUUGGUUUUUUAGAAUCUUUGUAUGACUCAACUAUCUAUGAGUGUUUUACACUUUAUUACACACAUUUUCUAUAGUAGUACAGGUAAUUUAGACAAUGCUUAGUACACGUUUUUUCUGAAUCAUAUUCUGAAUAAAGCAGACUGUUUAGGAAACAAUGUCAAUUACAGAUAUUUCGUUAAAUUUAAACUAGUAAGGGUAUAUUUGAAUCACGUAUAUAUAUGGUAAUAAUAGUUUUUUUUCAGCGAUCUGAA